GAAAGGAAUACCAACUGUUAAACGUGGAUGAUCACCAGAAUGUACUGAGAAAGAACAACAGAGCACUGGCUGACUCUCGACCGGACAUCACGCAUCAGAUGAUGUUAGCUCUGAUGGAUAGUCCCUUAAAUAAAGCCGGUCUGCUACAGGUUUACAUACACACCGAGAAAGGAGUACUGAUUGAGAUCAACCCCCGCACUCGAAUUCCCCGUACCUUUAAGCGGUUUUCAGGUUUAAUGGUACAACUCCUACACAAGCUCAGCAUCAGAUCGUCAAACGGACCUGAGAAGCUGAUGAAGGUAAUAAAGAACCCCAUCAUAGACCACCUGCCUAAUAACUGCCGACGCAUCGGCAUGUCACACAAGGCACCCAAGACGGUGCGCAUUGGCGAGUUCAUUGCUACACAGCCCACUGACGAGCCCAUUGUGUAUGUGAUCGGCGGAAUGGCCCAUGGAAGGUAUGAAUGGAAAUUCACGUAUUUAACGGAUUGUAAUCUGUGUGGGUGUGGGAGUCUUGGUCUGGUUCUGUGGUAG